AUGGAACUCGGUGAAAAUAGUCAAAAUCUUCGCGAAAAAAGUUCGUACAAGUAUUGUUUUGUACCCCAAUGCAAAAACACAUCGAAAAGCACCCCAGAAAAGCUGUUUAUUUCGGUGCCCAAAGGAGAUAAACGAGCUAAAUGGGUAAAACAAGUUCGAUGCCCAUUGGAUGUGUCAGCAACAUCACGAUUGCAUUGUUUUGAAGAUCACUUUGACUUGCAAAACGACUUGAAAAACCAUAUGAGGGUGAAGCUUGAUCCGAAUGCGAACAUUCUCUUGAAGGAUGAUGUCCUGCCAACGCUUUUCGACUGCCAAAGUGACCGAAAAAGAGCAUGGACCUCAACAGAAAGACCAGGGGCCAAAAAAUUACGUCACGCAAGAACGUUAGCAGAAAUUGAAGAAGACCUUGUACGCUCGAUUUCUUUAACGUCCGCUGGAGCUGUUGGUGAAACGACGGUCGACGAGUCAACGACGGCUUCCUCAACAUCUGAUUUUUUUCCGCUUGACACUUCCGGUUCUUCUGCAAUCACCGAGGUUGGGACCAGAAGCUUAGAUGUUCACAUCAAUUCUCUGUCAUUGAGUGACACGCAUGGAGUUACGUCAAAGCCGAACCAGCAUUGGACACGAAAUGUCGGAGUACAAGUUCAUCUUAAAACCCAUCAUUUUCGCAGUGUUCGUUUGCAAUGCAAACCAGACACAAAAGAUGCUUCUUGUUCUCCGAUUAAGACUUUUGAAAACGACGCCAAUGAUCCAGCAUCUUCGAACCCGUCGUCAUCAUAAACCACUACGUCAGAAGUACUGAACAACACUCUGGAAAGUUUAGAGGAAUAUUUGCCUUCUGAUGAAGAAAGUGAAGAAAGUUCCCAAGGAAAAACGAAUUCCAAAUCAGCUGAAACUCUAACUUUACGAUUAGAGCGAAUUGAAAAAAAUCCCAAAUUGUACAUCGGAGUGCCUGAUCAUGCGCUGUUCGUUCUUCGGUUACUUAGUAAAGCAGCUAAUUUGAAGCUUGAACAUAUUUAUCUGACCUUGGAGAAAAUUAAAAGGAAUUCACCGUUUGCACUGCUGGGAGAUGAAUAUGGCAAAUCUGACUCUUUCGCCAGUGAAGUUUUCAGGAAGACAGUACCUUUGAUGGCACAGUAUUUGAAGAGAUUUGUGUUCUGGCCCUGUGCUAAAACAAUCAAAUCAACGUUACCCAUACCUUUUCGGGCACGCUAUAGUCGCGUGCAGUCUAUUAUCGACUGCUUU